GGCCAGGAUCUUGGAGACGCUGUCUGCUUCCUUCCAUUUGAUUGUUAGGCUGCUGAUUACCAGAGAAGCUGCAUUUACUUCCCGGUGCAAGGGCUGCUCUAUUUGCGUCCAAACCAUGUCUGGACUUGACGCAGAUCUCCCAGAAGGCAUGUCUGGACUUGACGACUGGAAAUACCUCCCAGAAGGCCCCCUUCGCUCUAUCGUUGCUCAGCUGGGCCUGGCAUCCGCUGAGGAUCUUCUUUCCUUCGCUGCCACCUGCCACUCCUGGAAUUCUGCCUUCUCUGUCUCCUUACCAACAUUCCCACCUCUCCUUCUCCAACUUGAUAUCCCUCCAUGCCCUCUUCCUCAACCCUACUUGGGUAACAAAAAGGUGCCCAACUGCCAAUGUCUUGUCACAGAUAUAACCAAACCCAACAAAAUUGCCCACCUCUGCCAUGAAAUUCCUCCAUUAGGUCCUCAGGAAUGUUUCAUAGGUGCUUCGUAUGGGCAUCUCAUUUGGUCCAGCGAUAGAAAGUGUAGCGUCAUGGAUAUGUUCGCAGGUUUUACCCUCUCUUCUCCACAAUUACCAGAAGGUGCUGAGCUCAACUACGGUGCCCUCACUGCUCCUACUAGAUCACCCAAUUCAUGUCUUAUUGUUGACACUGGAGAACAGAAUCUGUUUUGGCGUGUUGGUAGUAAAUCUUGGGCCAGUUGUUCUACUCGGUAUGGAACAGUCAAGCAAAUCGUGGUCUUCAAAGGGCAGGUCUUUGGUAUGGAUUCUGAUCGCAGACUCUUCAAAGUGGAGUUGACACCGGAGAUAAGCAUACAUGAAGUGCCAGUCAUGCAGUCGAGCAUGAUCAAUAUAUGUGAACUUUCCAUUGCAUGGCUUGUGGCAUGUGGCGAUAUGCUCCUCUUGGUUGGCUGGUCGGUACCUACUGUUGUAUCGGGGGUAACCUUUGAAGUCUUCCGGCUUGACCUAUCAACUGAGCCUGCAUUAUGGCUGAAGAUGGAGAAGCUAGACAAUUGGGCAAUAUUCAUCAGCACUGACAAGAGAAGCCAGGCAUUGUCUUGCAAGAACCCACAGAUAUGGGGAGGGAAGAGCAACCACACAUAUUGCUAUAACCAUGAGUCUAAAAGUUGUAUUGCACUUGAGAUGGGCAAGCCACUGCAGGGAGAUGGCUCAGAAUCCAAUUCAAACUACAUGGGUUGUGACAGCAAGAUGCAACCUAUGUGGUUGGUCCCAAGCAUGCUCUCUCUUUGCGGCAGUGAUGGUGAGGUCCUUGAUGGAUGGCUGAUGUAUCUUGUUUUUAGGAGCUUAUAUUGCAGGGUCGAAGUCAAAAAGAAGAAAAAUUGGCACCAUUCAUCUAAAUUUACCGGUGCCGAUUUUGAUUUCUAAGAGCAUGUAUUCAUCUCCAAAGGGGAAUGGUAAAAAUCCAUUGGUGCCAUUUGACACCCACAAAUACAUGCUAGGUCCGCAACUGUUGUAUUGUAAUGAUGUGUAAGCAUCUCUUCAGCUUUGGUAGCUGUCGAUCUUUGAACCUCGUGAUCUAUAAUAGGAAGGAUUUUAUGUUGGUCUCGAGAUUGUUAAUUACAGCACAAUUCGAUAUGAUUGCCUGACACUGU